AUGGCUUACAGCGACUUGGACGCACGGAAUAACGACUUUAGUUCUCUCGAAAAUUACAACAUCUUAGCUGACCACCAUCUUGCUCACUUUUUCAAUUCACCCAGAGUUAAGCAACAUUUGAUCAAAUCCGGACUAAUAACUCCAGGAGGUGAAAUAGUCCCAGAGAAAGAUUUUCGCAGUGAGUUAAUUAGAAAAUCACGGCAGGAAGCAGCGCUGAAAGCAUACAUUCGGACUUUGACUGACAAGGCUGUUGAAAACGAAAGAAAUUGGCAGUCAAGACUGCGCAGAAGCAUUGAAGAUAUUCGCAACUCCCAACGCAUUCGAAAAAUAAGAGCUGAGCGGCGACAAAAACGCGAAAUGGAAAUGCUAAAGACCAUACUUUUUGACACUGAUGGACUCGUCGAUUUGGAGACAGAAGAAGAACGCAUUUUUCAUAACACAGAGCUACUGUGCUCUCCCGUGAAUAAAGUGCUCCAUGGAAAAGGAGUUAGCAAAGAAGACAAUUGGUCAAUCAAUUAA